UUCAUUUACACAAAAUACAGUAAUUGUUUGUGAGAUGAUUAUUAAAUUUCUUUAUUCGACUUGCAUAUUCAUAUUUUGUCAUUUCUCCUCUCCUACUGGAGAGUUUCUCUUAACAUAACUAACUUCAAUCUACCGAUACUUGUUUUGUUUCCACUCCAUGGGGAAUAUAAUGCCAAAACUUAACUUUGAUGUUUCCCCAUACAUAGUUUUUUGUAUUGGUCAUCUUUAGAUUAAUUAGGAAGCUCAGUAAGUAGGUCUGGCCAUUGGUAUUGUUGCCUGCACCUUUCCCACAGUGCUCGAUCUUGCUGAAUCUUAUUCUUCUACAAUUUGGUUGAACAGAAGUAUUGGUGAGGGUCGGUCAUCAACUUUUUACUGAAUCUUAUAUAGACAUUCAGAUAACAGUCAAACAGAAAUUAAACUUUUAAAAUUUAUUGUGUUUCAGGUAGUUUAUCAUUCAUAUCUGGAACAUUAGGAUAGACAGUAGAAUGAUAGUCAGAGGGAACUUUGAAUAUCUGGAGAUGUAUUUGGUCAUUCCUGUGUGUAACAGCAGAGAGUAUUUCAUGACCCCCCACCCCAAAAUAAAAAAAGUGUAACUAAUAAGGUAGGAGGAAUAACUUGAAUAACUUGUCUUAUUACUCAAAGAAUACAAUGGUAAAAAUACAUAAGGAGAUCUAAGCUAACUAUGGUUACUAGAUAGUCAAAUCCGUAUAAAUUAGCUAUGCUAACAUAUACACAAUCAUAUACACAUAUCUGUAGUGAUUCUGUAACACACCCCCUCAAGCUGGAGAAUAUAUAUUGAUCAUGCCCAACUUGUUACAAAGAUAAUUAACUCGAGUUCCAGUCAAUGCUUUUGUGAACAAAUCAGCUAGUUUCUCUCGUGUCUUCACGUAACCAGUGGAAAUCAGAUUUUCCUAAAAUCUUCUCACGAAUAAAAUGAUAGUAUACCUUAAUAUGUUUAGUUCUUUCAUGAUACACUGGAUUUGAGGCAAUAUGAAGAACAACUUGAUUAUCACACCAGAGUUUUGUUGGUGUAUGAUGCUUUAGACCAAUUUCCAUUAAAAGAUGAUGUAUCCACAUAAUCUCACACGUUGAAUGUGACAUAACUCUGUACUCAGAUUCUACAUUGGAUCGAGAUACAACACUUUGAUUUUUACUCCUCCAUGAAACUAGGUUCCCUCCAACAAAGACACAAUAGCCUGAUGUCAAUCUUCUAUCAAUCUUUGAUCCAGCAUAGUCAACAUCUGCAAAACACUCAAAAUGAGUAUGAUCUUGAUUGCUAUACAAUAUGCCAAGUCCAGGAGUUCCUUUUAAGUAACAUAGAAUUUGUUCCAAAGCUUCCCAAUGUUUGAUCGUAGGCACGGACAUGAACUGGCUAACAACACUUACCACAAAAGAAAUAUCUGGAUGAGUCACACUAAGAUAGUUUAACUUCCCAACUAACCUUCUAUAUUCCUCUGGAUCAUCAAAAGGAUCACUAUCAUCUUUCAUAAGAUUCACAUUGGGAACCAUUGGAGUACUACAAGAUUUGGCUGCCAAUUUUUCUGUGUCUGCAAGUAGGUCAAGAAUGUACCUUCUCUGAGAUAGAAAAAUAUCCCUACAUAAUCACUUCUUGUGAUGAUAAUGUCAUCAACAUAUACAACAAGGAGAAUAAUGCCAGUUGUUGAUUGCCGGUAGAAGACGGAUUGAUCACAUUUGCUCAGUUUCAACCCAAAAUCCUGAACUACCUCACUAAACUUGCCAAACCAAGCCCGAGGACAGACUUUCUCUUACUCCCCCUGAGCAACAAAACCGGGUGGUUGCUCCAUAUACACUUCCUCUUGAAGAUCACCAUGACGCAUUCUUGAUAUCCAACUGAUGCAAAGGCUAAUUCUCAGAAGCAGCUAGAUAAAUGAACGAGCGAACACAAGUGAGUUUGGCUACCAGGGAGAAUGUGUCUGCAUAGUCUACCCCAUAUGUCUAAGCAUACCCUUUAGCCACAAGUCUAGCCUUAAGUCUUGCUACGGAACCAUCUAGAUUAACUUUAACUGUGAAGAUCCACUUACAUUCCACUGGUUUCUUUCCCUUGGGUAAAUCCAUCAAAUCCCACGUGCGGUUCUCCUCUAAGACAUGUAUUUCAUCAAGCAUUGCAUUAUACCAUUCGGGAUGACUCAAAGCCUCCUUCACUGUUGUGGGUACAGAUACGGAGUCUAGAGAAGUAACCAAAGAUCUAGACGUAGAGGAUAAAUAAUCAUAGGAAACAAAAUUAGCAAUGGAAUGUAUAGAUUUGCAGGUACGUGUACCUUUGCGAAGAGCAACAGGGAGAUCAAAGUUUUCUGGAGGAUCAGACAGAGGAGGAUCAGAUGACGACAAAACUGGUGCAUGACAAGAAUCAUUGUUCUUUCGCCUCCUAGAGUAAACUUGAACAAUUGAUGGUCUUGCUAGUAAAGAUGGGGCAGACACUGAAGGGAAUGUGCACAUUGACACUAUCAGCUUCAGUUCCUUCUUUUAAGCCCCCUGAAUGUGUGGAUUCUGUGUGCCCUUCAGCAACUCCUGCCCAGUAUGCCAUAUUUUUUUUUGGCCUCUAUCUGAUUGCUCUUGGAACUGGUGGGAUUAAGCCAUGUGUUUCGUCAUUUGGUGCUGAUCAAUUUGAUGACACAGAUCCAAAAGAGAGGGUUAAAAAGGGUUCCUUCUUCAAUUGGUUCUAUUUUUCUAUCAACAUUGGAGCUUUGAUGUCAAGCAGUUUGAUUGUGUGGAUUCAACAAAAUGUUGGAUGGGGUCUUGGGUUUGGCAUCCCUGCAGUUUUCAUGGGCAUUGCCAUUGCAAGUUUCUUUUUCGGUACACCACUCUACAGAUUUCAAAAGCCUGGGGGAAGUCCUCUCACAAGAAUGUGCCAGGUUCUGGUUGCAGCAUUCCACAAAUGGAACUUGCCUCUCCCAGAUGAUAGUACACUACUUUUUGAAACCUCAGACAAAAGCUCUGCAAGUGAAGGAAGCCGAAAGCUAUUGCACACUGAUGAACUGAGGUGCCUUGACAAAGCUGCUGUAGUUUCAGACACUGAAUGGAAAACUGGCGACUAUUCCAAUGCUUGGAAGCUCUGUACUGUUACGCAGGUUGAGGAACUGAAAAUUUUGAUCCGCUUGUUCCCGAUAUGGGCAACUGGAAUAGUCUUUUAUGCUGUUUUGGCACAAAUGGUAACAAUGUUUGUGGAGCAAGGGACGGCGAUGGACACUGCCAUUGGUUCCUUCAGAAUUCCUCCAGCAUCUCUUUCACUUUUUGAUGCCAUUAGUGUUAUUAUAUGGGUCCCAGUCUAUGAUAGGAUCCUUGUUCCAAUUGCAAGGAGGCUUACUGGAAAGGAAAGGGGAUUUUCCAAGUUGCAACGAAUAGGAAUUGGACUUUUCCUUUCUGUGUUGUGCAUGUCAGCUGCUGCUAUCGUUGAGUUCAAGCGUCUACAACUCGCAAGAGACCUUGGUUUGAUGGAUGAAGCAGUUGAAGUACCUCUCAGUAUCUUUUGGCAGAUUCCGCAGUAUUUUAUACUGGGAGCAGCCGAGAUAUUUACUUCCAUUGGGCACAUUGAGUUCUUUUAUGAUGAAUCACCCGAUGCAAUGCGUAGCUUGUGCAGUGCAUUGACACUGAUGACUAAUGCUUUGGGUCAUUACUUGAGCUCUUUCAUACUCACACUGGUAACAUCCAUUACAACUCAAGGUGGCAAACCUGGAUGGAUUCCUAACAACUUGAACAGUGGGCAUCUCGAUUAUUUCUUCUGGCUCUUGACUGCACUUAGCAUCUGCAACUUUGUAAUCUAUGUUUUUUGUGCCAAAAUGUAUAAAUCCAAGAAGCCAUCCUAAGUUAUAGUUUGUUUUCUAUUCUAAUGGUGCGUUUGGCAAUGAAAGUCAAAUAUUAUUCACUUUAUUUGAAAGUUUUAAAGUGGG